AUAAUGUUCGAUAAAUUCUCAAAAGCUGCUUUUGAAGAAAAUAUUGAGCAAUCAAUUGCUGGCAGAAAACCCCAUCCCUCCCAGCAACCUAUCCCCCACUCUUCAAACCAUUCCUGUCAUCCAACUCUCGUCGUAACCUUACCAUUCACAAACUUCCUCCUUCCCUCCUUUCACAAACAUCAAUUUACCGAUGUUGAUGUAUUUUGCUAGAACAGAAUAGACGCACAUUAGAGCAUUUCACAUCUGGCUACAAGUGCCACAAGUCAUCACCAUGAUGCGGAAGGGGGCCGGUCUGACGGCCGACGACUACCUCUCCAUCUUCAGGACGGGCGUGAUGCCUACGGAGAACGUGCCCACGCCCGUGCCGAGCGCCACCGACGAGAUGGGCUUCGUCGAGCGGCAGCCCGAUCCGGAGGUGCCCACGUACCGGCUGCCGCACGGCCAGGCCUACGCCGAGUACUACCGUCAGCAGGAGGAGCGCGCGCUGCUGGAGCGUGGCGCCGCCGACGCGGCAGACGCCGCCACCGCCGGUGACGACGUCGGUUCGACGGUGACGGGGCUGACGGCCGGCAUGAGCCAGCUGGAGGUGGACACGUACGCCGAGACGCUGUCACAGCUGGCGCCGGCCGCCGAGCAGCGGGACACUCAGGUGUACGGCAACUACGACUUCAGUCGAGUGGACCCGGCGGCGGCGCGGCUGCCCAUCCAGGCGCGCCGGGAGGAGAUCGUCAACAAGGUGAACGCCUACCAGGUGGUGGUGCUGGAGGGCCGCACCGGCUGCGGCAAGACCACACAGGUGCCGCAGUACCUGUUGGACGAGAGCUGCCGGCUCAAAAAGUACGCCAAUAUCAUUGUCACACAGCCGCGCCGAAUCGCCGCUGUCAGCGUGGCGAAACGGGUGGCGAAGGAGCGCAACUGGCCGCUCGGCACACUGGUCGGCUACGAAAUCGGUCUAGACAGGAAGACGGGACCGGACACUCGAAUCACCUACUGUACCACCGGUGUACUCCUGCAGAAGAUCGUGCACGAAGGCAACAUCAACCGCUACACGCACGUCGUGCUGGACGAGGUGCACGAGCGAGACACGGACACAGACUUUGCGCUGCUGCUGGUGCGGCGAUUGCUGCGCACUACCUCGCGCCACGUCAAGGUGAUUCUCAUGUCAGCCACCUUCAACACGCACAUGUUCGCGCAGUACUUCGCGGUGCCGGUGCUCAACCGGCUGGACCCGGCGCCCAUCAUCUGCGUCGGUAAGGAAGAGAUGUAUGAUGUAACGGUUCACUACCUGGAGGAGCUGAUGCCGCUGCUUCGUGACGGCGGCGGUGACGCUGUGCCGCGCUCUGAGGGACGCUCCGAAUGGGACAGCAACUCCUCGGCGCUGCCGGCCGUCAAUCCACAGCUCUAUCAACUAGUCCUUCGUCUCAUCAAGGUGAUGAACUCGUUUGACGUGAGUGACUUCGGCCCGAGUCCGCGCAACCCGCGUUUCGGCGCGCAGCGCGGCUCGGUACUGGUCUUCCUGCCGGGGAUGCACGAGAUCCGCGAGCUGGCUGCCGAACUGGAGGAGGAGCGACACCAGGAGCGCUGGCAGAUCAUGCCGCUCCACUCGGACAUUACUGGCGACGAGCAGGCGGCCGUGUUCCAGCCGCUGCAGGCCGAGCAGCGCAAGAUCAUCCUGUCGACCAACAUCGCCGAGAGCUCCAUCACCGUGACCGACGUCAAAUACGUCAUCGACUUCUGCAUGACCAAACAGCUGGAGCUGGACCAGGAGACCACGUUCCCGAUGCUGAAGCUAUCCUGGGCCAGCAAGGCCAACUGCCUGCAACGGCAGGGACGUGCCGGUCGUGUGAGCUCCGGUCGUGUGUACCGGCUGGUCACGAAACGGUUCUACGACCAGCUGCGUGACUACGGCGUGCCGGAGAUGCUCCGCAGUCCCCUGGAGCACGUCGUGCUCAAGGCUAAGAAGUUCUGCGCCGAGUUCGAGCCGAAGGCGGUGCUGGCGCUCGCUCUGGAGCCGCCCCAGCUGGAGAAGAUCUACACGGCCGUGCUCCACCUCAAAGAGGUGGGAGCCCUCAUCGACAUCCGCGGCGCCGAGCGGUUCAACGCGUUCGACGGCGAGCUGACUGUGCUGGGACACAUCAUGUCGACGCUGCCGGUGGAUGUGAACGUCGGCCGGCUGCUGGCGCUCGGUCACGCCUACGGCUGUCUGCGAGAGUGCCUGGUGAUCGCCGCCGGCCUCACCGCCAAGAGCUUCUUCGCGCGGCCGUUCCGCGACGAGCUGCGCGCCUACCAGAUGAAGGUCUCCUGGGCGGGAAAGACGCUGAGUGACUGUCUGGCCAUCCUGGCGGCGCAUAAGGUCUGGGAGGACUGUAAGCGGCAGGGUCACUUCCAGCGCAGUGGCGGCCGCGGCGAGCGGGAGUGGGCCGAGAAGCAGUUUAUCCAGCUGCGUUGUCUGCAGGACAUGGAGACGCUGCGCCAGGAGAUUGAGCGCCGUCUGGAGUCGUGCAACAUGCGCCCGCUGCCGGCGCGCAACCAACUGGAGAGCGAACAGGAGCGCCGCCAGCAGGCGCUCGUGCUACAGGUUUGCGUGGCGGGCGCGUUCUACCCCAACUACCUACUCCGGCUGUACCGUGAGGAGCGGGAGCAGGACGCGAACCGCGAGCUGGGAGGACGGAACCCCCAGACCACCGUGGCGCUGACGGGCCUGCCGCGCGAGUGCGGCCUGCUGUACUAUGGCCAGCUGGUGCGCCAAUUCCGGUUCAACCCGACAGAUCCAGAUCCCAUCAUCACCUGCGAGAACUCAAAGGCGUACGUGGAGUUCCCGGUGCGCCGUCGGCCCGAUGACCAGGAGCACGCGUGGGAGGGUGAGAUCCCGCCGGCCGUCUACCUCGCCGUCCGCAAGGGACAGAUCAAGACCAGUCGCGUCUCCAUUAUGCGCUACUCGCCGGAGGAGGAGAAGCAGCGCAUGGAGCAGUACAUGGCGAUGUGUGAACGCCGCCGCGGCUCGGCCCCCCGCGGCCCCCGGCCGCUGACAAUGAACGCCCCCACCACGGAGGGGUCGACUCGUAGCGACAAGUGCCGACUGCCCGGCGUGCACCUGUCCGCGCUACCCGUCCGAGUCACACACGUGGAGGACCCGAGCCACUUUUACGUGCAGUACGCCGACCCCCAGUCGAUCGACUCGUGCUCCUCUGUGGACGGCCGGAUCAGCCGGCUGGCGGGUCUGUGCCGACCGCUGUCGGGCCGGCCGCAGAUGGGACGACUCUAUCUGGCGCCGUACACGGAGCACGGUGUGACAGCCUACUUCCGAGCGCGUGUGGACACAGUGCAGCAGCGUGACUGUCAGGUGUACUUUGUCGACUACGGCAACACCUGCGUGGUGGCCAUCUCGGAGCUGCGCGACUUCUGCCCGGAGCUGAUCGAGUCGGGCAUUCUGGAGGUGGAGGCUCUGGCCGUCGAGUGCACCCUAUCGGAGGUGAAGCCCACCCAGGCCAUGCUGGGACGAUGGGACGCCCGAGCCGUCGAGACCUUCAAACACAUGGCCCUGGAGCAGAUGGUGAUGGGCAUCGUCUACUCGGUGGUGCACGGCGUCAUCCACAUUGACCUGGUGCGUCAGGUGCGGCUCGGCCACAAUGUGGUCGAGCGCAGCAUCAACAAGGAACUGGUGGAGCUGGGGUUGGCCGAGGACGCUGUGGAGGGCCACUACUCGCGACAGAACCACGAGCAGAGGCUGUCCUCGUUCCGCGUGGAUGGCCGUCUGGAGGAGUGGCAGGAGCGGCCGGUGGCCGCCGACCCCGAGCUGACCGGCUGGCUCAAACAGCAGCAGGCCGGCUACGACCGGCAGGUGCUGCGCGGGCCAGACUCGCCGCUCACAAUGACGCUCACCGGACUGCCCAAGGCGCUGCAGACCCGGCCGGCGUUCGUCGACACCGACUCGUGCAACUCGGUGCUGCUCGACACGGAGCCGCAGAACCCGUUCGAUCGGCUCAUGGUGGCCGCGCAGAUGGUCCCGACGAGUGACGGAGCGCGGGUGCGCGCCCAGAACACGGCCAUGAUGCCCAACAUCCCGGGUCUGCCAACGCUGCUGGUGCUGCUGUUCGCUCCGGUGGUCGAGCUGCGAACCAACGAGGAGCGCACGGCGCUGGCCGGGGCUGUGUGCGGGCUGGGCGGGCACCCGGAGUCCGCACAGGCCGUAUACCCCGACCACGAUAUCGAAAUGUCGUUCGAUGUGGCCAUUACCACCAGAGAUCUGCUGGAUGUGAACGUGCUGCGCACCUCCUUCUGGAUCGUGUACGGCUGCGUGGACGACGAGGCCGCUGAGCCGCAGAGACUGCGCGAGUCAGAUCGCUCGGCCGCCGAGAAACAGCUCAGUCGCCGCCGCCGGCUGCUAGCGCUGCUCGAGAGGCGCCGGGAGUCGCGCGUGGAGCGUCGCCGGCCGUACCGCGCUGCCUACCGCUGGAACCGGCUGCCCGCCGGAGAGAGGCUGCAGGUUCGCCUGGGCGACGAGCCGGUGGACCCGCGUCUGCAGCCGUUCCUGGUCAGCCCUGUCCGCUCUGUGAACCGGGCCGAGCGGCUGCACAUGCGCAGCCGCGUCCUGGAGCUGUUCAGCAAGGCGCGAGACAGUCAGGAGGCCGAGCCCCACUACUGUCCACUGUGCGACGUCACGGUACCCACCCCGCUGGCGUUGUUCCGCCACAUCAACCGCGAGGACCACCGGGAGCGAGCGGCCGACCUCUACCGCGACUGUGAGGACGGCGACGACGACGACGAGUAGAGAGCUGAUAGAAAGACAAGAGGAGGAAGAGGAGUAGAGAACAGAGAGGGUGGAUAGCGAAGGAAGAAAGAGAAGAGAUCAGUGCCUUAAUCUUGAGGUAAAACCAUUGCUGGUACCAGCGGCUUGGUUGGUACCUUAUUCUGUGAGAAAUGGUGCAGUGCUGCCGCUAGACCAGUGGAUUCCGUGAGCUUACGAGUUGAGUUGGUCAGUUUGUCUAAGCCAAGAGUCUGUGGGUCGCUGACGUGCACAGGGUCAGUAACCAGACGUUCCUACGAUAUCACCAUAGAGGUUUAUUUUAGUUUUACAUUAAGGAGAGCUGCUGGGUUGGCCAUACGUUUACGCCAGUGCAUCGAUGUUAUGGAGGUCGGUGUGUACUCUUUUGAUGGUCAGCGUUUGGUGUGUUCCUUGCACAUGCCCAAAACUGUACCUGACAUGUGACAGAUUUGUAUCAAGAUUGUGAUACUUGUCUUUCCAUUCUAAUACAAAAGUGACUGGUGACUCGACAUGACAAAAGUGAAAUGUGACCGAGCUAAAUUAGAGCUCGGCAAAGAGCCCCAGUGCUUCGAAAUGUGUUCUGGGCCUCAAUGUGCGCAAUGUUCACCACUGUACGAGCGUUUGACCGCUGAACCAUCCGAUGAUAAUUCAUCUUCAAGUGUUGUAUUCAUUUAGUUGAACCUUAUGUAAAAAUGUUUUGAGUUCAUGUUUUGGUUAGUAUAGUAGUUUUCUCUGAUUUUCGAGUUGUAUUCGCUGGUCCUCGUGUGACUUAAGUUUGUGCUUCUACAGUCUCAAUCGAGUUACUUUUGGUGUAUUUUCUAGUUUCUCAUCGUGAUCACACCAGCAGACUGGGGCUCGGCUGCAGGCGGAAUAGCGGCAAACAUCAUCCAUCAUGAUUACGGUUGACAUGUACAUUUUGAUAGUUGAUGAUUGAUCCGGCAAGCUAGAAGCGGUCUUCGCAGACUGAUGGUGCAAUGUUCAGCUCAGAGAACAUGAUCGUGUGAAACCUAGAUGACCAAUGCGCUCGACGUGUUGGUGAAAAUACAGGGCACGUAUAUGUGAACGUUACCAAAAACUCAAAA